GAUGGUUCCCCGGUACCAAGCGCUAUUGGAUCCAGAUCCCGAAGACGCAGACGACGAGCGCUCCUUCUCGGACGCGGACGACGACGAUGAUUAUCCGUCAAAUAUACCUCCGCACCUGCAACGGCACCCCUUAACCCCGACACCUCAAUUCAUCGGUCAGGAUGUUCGGACCACGUCCCGGAAGGAGCUGAUGGGGUGGUACUGGUACGGAUGGGCGGCCGAGGUCUUUGUCGUGUGUGGUGUUGGCUCGUUUAUUCCCGUUACCCUCGAGCAACUGGCCAGGGAGAACGGCGUGUUGUUAUCGGAUAAGAGCACGCCUUGCGAGUCGUCUUCGGGGUCCGGACCGGGGCUGGGACCUGGGGCUGGCGGUAUCGAGGAUGGGCAGGCUGGCCAAUGCGUUAUUUAUUUAUUGGGCUGGGAGAUGAAUACUGCUUCCUUUGCCAUGUGCGACUUUACCCCCGGCAGUGUGGGGCGUUGUGGUUGUGUGGGCUAACACUCUGUUCUUGAUGCUCAUAGGUACACUUUUUCGCUUUCUGUCUUGCUUCAGUCUCUUAUCAUUGUUUCUAUGUCUGGUGCUGCAGAUCAUGGUGAGCUAUCUGUAUAAACUCCCCUGGAGGCUGGGUUCCGCUAUCUGUAUAGUGUGUGUGCGCGCGGGCGGGGUUAACUGCUGCCGCUUUUUUAGGAGCUUAUAGGAAACGACUGUUACUCGCGUUCGCCGCCGUUGGGAGUCUUGCUACUAUGGCUUUUAUCACGGUUUCUGCAAGGUAUUACCUUUUCGCCGCAUUGUGGGCUAUCCUUGGGAACAUCGGUUUUGGAGGAUCAUUUGUGCUACUGAAUGCAUUUCUCCCAGUGCUCGUACGGCACCAUCCGAAAUUGGUGUAUGAGGAACCACUCGUUCGCGCAACCACCACAAUCAACGUUCGAUCGCCAGACAGCGAUGAAGACCAAUCGUUAUUGGGGUAUCAGGAAUCCUUAUAUGAAGAUGGUAAGAAUGGCGGGGCUCUGGCGCUGAGUACCCAAAUAAGCAGCAUUGGAAUCGCUGUUGGGUACACAGCUGCGGUCAUACUGCAAAUAUUCGCCAUUGUGAUCGUACUCUUGACUGGAUCCACCACCUGGUCCCUUCAGCUUGUUCUGUUUUCUAUCGGAGCUUGGUGGUUUAUAUUUACUAUUCCCACAGCCGUGUGGCUGGAACCGAGACCUGGCCCGCCCCUUCCGCCACUUCCCAGACCAGCAUCAAACGGGUCUCCCCUUGGUCCUACCCUAUUGGUUGUAGAUGAUAGGAGCUGGUGGGGAUAUGUCAAGUAUGCCUGGGUGGGGCUGGGGAAGACUAUCAUGAGGGUCAGAAGGCUCAGGGACGUCAUGCUAUUCCUUGCGGCCUGGUUCCUCGUGAGCGACGGAGUGGCCACUGUCAGCGGCACAGCCGUGUUGUUUGCAAAGACUGUAUGAAGGAUUACUCCUUGAAACCGCGUAAUACACGCGAUACUAACCGAUCACAUGAUAGAACCUCAAGAUGAAACCGGCUGCCCUAGCACUGAUAUCUGUUAUAUCAACUAUAUCAGGAGUGGGGGGUGCCUUUGCCUGGCCAAAAAUAGCUCAAUCGUUCAACAGAACCCCCAGCCAGACAAUCCUGAUAUGUAUCCUAGUCUUCGAGUUCAUCCCGUUGUACGGCCUACUCGGUUUCAUUCCGGCCAUCCAGCGUUCCGGCAUCGGCGGACUGACCAGCCCCGCAGAAAUGUACGGCCUAGGCGCAGUCUACGGAUUUGUGCUGGGAGGGGUCAGCGGGUAUUGCCGUAGUGUUUUCGGAGAAUUGAGUACUCUCUCUGUCUCUCUAUCUCUCUCCUUCCCUUUCCCCCCUCGCCCCUUAUCUAACGUGGCAGCUAGUACCCCCCGGCUUCGAAGCAGCUUUUUACGCCCUCUACGCCGUAACCGACAAAGGCUCUAGCAUCUUCGGCCCAACAAUCGUCGGGGCUCUAACGGACCACUACGGGGACAUCCGUGUGGCAUUCUGGUUCCUGGCCGUCUUACUCGCCCUGCCCAUCCCGUUGAUCGCGGCCGUGAACGUUGAUCGGGGGAAGCAUGAAGGGAAGAUGCUCGCUGAGGAGGAACUGAAGAUCCCCUUACCGGCCCCUCCCUCUUCCCCUAAUGGCGUUGUAUAGCAAUUGUUGAGGUUGUCGGUAUGGGGAGGUUUACUGCUAAGAGAGGGGAAUGUUUGUGCAUAAGUUACUCUGGCUACGUUUGAGUGUUUAGCGUAGAGCUCCUUGUUUUUAAUUUCUAGUUUUAUUGCUCCUUCUUACUGGUUUUUUUCUUUCGCUGUUUUCUCUUUCGAUGAGGCAGUCACUCCUCUGCUCUUUCAUCCUCCGUCCCGCUAUCUGUUUAUUCCUCACGCAGUUCUUUUUUGUAAUGAAGCUAUGAGCAUAGUCCGGGUUAGUGUAAUACGGGUCUCCACGAACGCCACCAUCACAGGAGUGGGAGAGGGAAUCAGGGAGAAAAAGAGAUAUUUGUGCAAGGUUCAGGCAUAACGGGAGCUCU